AUGUCUUAUCUUACUUUAGCUCCUCAAAAAAGCGGUAGAAACAAUGAAAUGUUUGAUUCUAUUUUACAAGAUCCACAAACAGUCAGAAACCAAGACGACUGAUCUGAUAUAGAAAAAUGUAGGGCUUUUUGAUCUGAUGUUGAAUAUUUGCAGCCAAUUUUAGAAGGAGUCCAGUCUGUCACAAAUUCCACAUUCAUGACAGCUGUGCAGGAAAAGAUUUUUGAAAAACUGACUGCAGAGAAUAGACUUUAUACAAUAACUGCUCAUCCAGGAUCAGGGAAAAGCUUAGGGUUAGCAAUUUUAUCAGUAAUCACAGUCCUUCAAGCAAAUUCUCGGAAUCCGACUUCAAGAACUGUCAAAGUUCUGUGAGUUGUUAGCUCUCAUUUUCGGGCAAUGCAGCUUAAACAUUGGAUAGAAAUUAUAUGUAGAAAUAUAGAGGUAGCCUCUGAUAUAUAUGCUGGACAGCCAGAUAUAAUGACUGUUUGUCUUGAUAGAGAACAGAUAAAAAAAAGAUUAAGCACGCUUUUGCAAACACAAUCACAAGCCUCACAAAUUAAAAUGCUUAUCAUUGACGAUGCUGAAGAAAUUCUCAACUCUAAACAAAACAGAGCCUUUUUAGGAGUUUCUGUGAUCCUCCACAUCCUCCAGCACCAGCUGGAAAACAUCCCAGUAAUCUAUUUUACUCAAAACUACCCAGACGAAGCAGUAAUAAAAUUCACAAACGAAGUCGAAGCAAAUUUCUGCAAACAAUACCUAAAAGGCUUGAACCCUAUCCACAUCACCUACCCUAUAAGCCUAAUCCAAACAAUUGACCAAUUUUACACAGAACUGCUAAAUCUCGAUUUUAUGGGCACUAUCCGAAAGAUUAUCAGCCAUGAAGACCAUUUUCCUUUAGCAGGCGGGAUGUUAGUGUUUUGUAAUAGUGAAGAAGAAUUUAAAAGUAUUUCAGAAAUUUUUAGUAGCUAUGGGACUGCUAUUGAUGCUGUAAACUCAAUGAGGGAUGAGGAAACGAGUAUAUAUGAAAAAUUAAAAGCAUUUAAGGAUGGAGAAAUCAGGGUACUUAUGUGUGGAAAUACACUUUUGAGGAAAUAUCAACCGGCAGGGGUAGGGGUUGUUAUAAUGCUUGGGGUACCAAGCAGUGAUGGGAUGACUCCUGAUGCAGUAGAAUACGACCAAAGAAUAGCAUGCUGCAGCUCACCUGUAAAAAAUGCCAUUUCUGUUAUAAUUUUAAGAAACUCACAAGAAGUUCAGCUGCUAAGAGCUUUGGAAAACCAAAUAGGAAGGGCUAUAAAGCCUUUGUAA